ACGGCCCGUCCCGAAAAAUUUGAGGGCAUGGAUGGUUCUGCGAAGUGUAUUGUUAAUUCAUUCGACAUUAAUGAGGUAUCACAACAUUUAGCUCAAUUGUGCGAUACAGCCAUAGGCGCAGAAGAUCGAGCUUCGAAGGCUAAUCAGGAAGAAAUCAUGUGCUGGUCUCUUUAUGGUAGGGAUUUUGAAUUUCAAGUUGUAUCAUUUGAAGAUAAUAUAAUUGAAAUUUCCGGGACAGCCCGUCUCGAAAAGGCUUUAUUAGAAACCGAGAUAAAUGUAUCAUCUGGAUCACGACCCAAGAAAGAUUUACCAAAAGCAGAGGUAAAUGUGCCAUUCAAAUCUCAAACCGAAUCAAAGACCUUACCUGAAAAUCAGAAUAAUCUGACCCAUGACCAUGCGAAGCAGUCCUAUCAUUUUCGUUAUGCUUUAUAA